AUGCUUACCUUUGUUUACCACUUCCGCAAACACUCAGCCUACCCUCAAUCGAUGUUCUACAUCGAUUUGUUAAGCAAAGCAGUUCGUGACGGCAAUGACGAUUGCAGAUACCAUCUGCCAGGGCGUUACCUUAAUGAGGCCCCUGCGAACCGGGUGAGAGUUCGAAAGGAAAUAAUUAUAGGAUGCUGGGGGAACUACCCUCAGCUUCAUCUUACUUUCUUGUGA